CGCUGCGGGAGCCGCCGCCGCCUUGCACCAUUGCACCAUGUCCGAGCAGCUGGAGCGUUGCGAGCGCGAGUGGCAUGAGCUGGAAGGAGAAUUUCAGGAGCUGCAGUUUUGGAGGCUGAAUGCAAGCUGGAGGGCCGUAUCUCACGAGGGUCAUGGCGUGCAUCAUGGAUUGGAUAAUUACCGUGGGACACAAUGAACGCAGAGACACACAGGAUCUACAAGCAGAAGCUGGAGGAGCUGACGGCGCUACAGACACAGUGCAGCACUUCCAUCAGCAAGCAGAAGAGGCACCUCAGGGAUCUGAAGCACACACUCCAGAGGUACAAGCGACAUUCCAGUCAAGAAGAGGCGGAGCUCAUCCAACAGAUAGGCGCCAACAUUAAGGAGCGGCAGAAUGUCUUCUUCGACAUGGAGGCCUAUCUACCCAAGAAGAAUGGGCUCUACUUGAAUCUGGUUCUUGGCAAUGUGAACGUGACCCUCCUCAGCAACCAGGCCAAGUUUGCAUACAAGGACGAGUAUGAGAAGUUCAAGCUCUACCUGACCAUAAUCCUGCUUCUGGGUGCUGUGGCAUGUCGCUUUGUCCUUCACUACAGGGUGACAGAUGAAGUCUUUAACUUUCUGCUCGUGUGGUAUUACUGCACCUUGACCAUUCGGGAGAGCAUUCUCAUCAGCAAUGGCUCCAGAAUCAAAGGCUGGUGGGUGUCUCACCAUUACGUCUCCACGUUCCUGUCUGGAGUGAUGCUGACUUGGCCUAAUGGACUAAUUUAUCAGAAGUUUCGAAAUCAGUUUUUAGCAUUCUCCAUUUUUCAGAGCUGUGUUCAGUUCCUACAGUACUAUUACCAGAGGGGCUGUCUCUACAGACUGCGAGCCCUGGGGGAGAGGAACCACCUGGACCUCACCGUGGAAGGGUUCCAGUCUUGGAUGUGGCGGGGCCUCACCUUCCUCCUGCCUUUCCUUUUCUGUGGCCAUUUCUGGCAGCUCUACAAUGCCGUCACGUUGUUUGAGCUCUCCAGCCACGAGGAAUGCAAAGAAUGGCAGGUAUUUGUGUUGGCACUCACCUUCCUCAUCCUCUUCCUUGGCAAUUUCCUGACCACACUCAAAGUCGUGCACGCCAAACUCCAGAAGAACGGAAACAAGACAAAGCAGCCAUGAGCCUCCGCACUCCUGUGCCAGGGGUCUUGGGACUUAAGACUGCUGGAGAUUCCAGUCAGCACCCUGGCUGCCAGUCACUGGUAGCCAUGUGCAGCAGCAUCUCAGGGUCCAGCAGCAUCACUGGGAACAGGGCUAAGGCCCUGGUCCCUGGCCAGACACGAGGAAUGUGAAGGCCGCCUGUGCGCACAGUAUUAACCUGCCCCAACUCCCUAUUUAUGACAUAUUUAAUACUGGGUCUUCCCUGCUUCCCCGGACUCUGAGGCCUCCCCUGCAGCCCUGGGUAAUGGCAGUGGCCAUAUCUGUGCCUGUCUUCCAGGGAGGGGCAAAAAGCCUCAGAGAACCCCUCUCUUCCUAUCAUUUGAACCCCUCACUGGGGUUUGGAUGUGCCUCACUGGGGUUGGCUUUAGCCGACCUGCUAUUUACUGUGUCCCAGGCACCUGGUGGAAUGAAACUUUUAGCAUCCUGUGGAGCCCCUUCCCGUGGGCCACCACCUCUGUGUAAGCUCCCCGUAGCCCCCACCUUCUGUGGUGAGGGAGUAUUUAAGUUCUCAGAGAUCCUG